AAAGAACAGAGAUUCUCUGAGAAAAUAAAACGCAAUCUUUUUCAGUAGAAUGCCGAGCCGCUCCUUCCCUUUUCAAUGUUGUGACGAGCGAAGUGAUAUUCAGCUUCUAACUUUUCCUCUAGUAUAGAUAAACAAUCAAACCCAGACCAGGGAGAUCAUUUCUGGUUCACCCUUCUCCAAAGCUGCCGCGAAUCGGCUCUAAAGUUUUCAUCUUUGAGUGUGCUGUAAACUGUAGAUAUAGAGAAUUAUGGGUGGCAUGCAGCAGGCUAAGAGAAGAGUGGCUUUUGUGCUGAUUGAUGGAUUGGGGGAUGUAUCAAUUCCAAGGUUUGGGUAUAAGACCCCUUUGCAAGCAGCUAAUUUGCCAAAUUUGGAUGCCAUAGCAUCAGCUGGAGUAAAUGGUCUAAUGGACCCUGUGGAAGUAGGUUUGGGUUGUGGAAGUGACACAGCUCAUCUUUCUCUUUUGGGAUAUGACCCAAGAGUAUAUUAUCGGGGUCGUGGGGCUUUUGAGUCCAUGGGUGCCGGGCUGGCAAUGUCACCUGGGGAUAUUGCAUUCAAGUCAAAUUUUGCAACCUUGGAUGAGAAAACUGGAAUAGUUACAAGCAGAAGGGCUGACAGGCAUUUUGAAGAGGAAGGACCGAUCCUUUGUGCAGCACUAGAUGGAAUGAGGCUCCCAUCUUUUCCUGAGUACGAAGUUAGAGUCAGGUAUGCUACAGAGCACAGAUGUGGAGUGGUGGUAAAAGGGCCAAGAUUGAGUGGAAAUAUAUCAGGAACUGACCCAUUGAAAGACAAUCGCUUGCUUCUUGAAGCUAAGGCUUUAGAUGACACUGAUGAAGCAAGGCACACUGCUGCAGUUGUUAAUGAGUUAUCCAGGGAGAUGUCACGAAUUCUGACUUCCCACCAGUUGAAUGCAAAAAGGCUGGCAGAUGGGAAAAACAUUGCAAAUGUUGUCCUUCUACGAGGUUGUGGUAUUCGAAUAGAGGUUCCUUCUUUUGAAAACAAACAUCGUUUAUGGCCUUGCAUGGUGGCUCCUACAAAAAUUAUAGCUGGACUUGGUCUAUCGCUUGGUAUCGAUAUCCUAGAAGCUCCAGGAGCAACAGGAGACUAUCGAACACUAUUAACUUCCAAAGCAACUGCCAUAGCUAAUGCACUCUCAGCCCCUUUGCAGUCUUGCCCUAGUGUCUUUGUACCUGGAGAGGAUGAGCACAAACCUGGCCGGUCAGAUGGUUAUGAUUUUGGGUUUCUUCACAUUAAGGCAAUAGAUGAUGCAGGUCAUGACAAGGCAACUGUUUUCAAAGUAAAAGCAAUGGAAGCUGUGGAUCAAGCUAUAAGACAGCUGGCUAAGCUCCUCUGGGAGGCAGAAUCAACAGGGAUUUUCCAAUAUUUUCUUUGCGUCACUGGUGAUCACUCCACACCUGUUGAAUAUGGAGACCACAGCUUUGAACCUGUUCCAUUUACAAUCUGCCGGUUGAAAGAUUUUAUUGGUGCAAUUGGUGGUGAGUCCAUUCUUGCUGAAACUUCCCUUGAUUCUUUUCCUCUCCCUACCAUUCAAGCAGGUGAAGACCUGCAUGAAGACAUUGGGUCCGAACAUGAGGGGAAAUGCAAACAAAUUCAAGCUUUUUCUGGAGACUCAGUUUCCGAGUUUAAUGAGAUUGCAGCGGCAAGGGGAUGUCUUGGACGCUUUCCAGGCGGCGAGAUGAUGGGAAUUAUAACAAGAUUUCUGAAAGUCAGUGCAUAAAUUCCUUGUUAAGUAUGAUAAUUGCUCGGGAAAUCUUGAAUAAGCAUUGCUCGAUCACAGAACCAACUAAGAUGGUAUGGUUUACAGUGAUACAGUUUUGAAUGUUUCUUAGUUCUUACUAACAUCAAGGAAGAUUUCUGUAUUCUGUUUUGUACAAACAAUGACGCAUGUUUCAUUCACAUGUGGAGGCUAAUCCUCCGCUGUUUGGUUUUGAACUGGAUUUUCUGUUGCAGAGAAAUCAAAAUUUAUCUUUCCA